AAUUAUUAAUGCAGAUGAGGGAAGCAAUAACAGGACAAGCAGCAGAAAACAAAAAUUGCUUUGAUUUUAUUUUUGAACUACAUUCUAUGUUCAUUUGAUCAGAGCAGAGAAGUGGUAGAUUUACUGCUCUCAUGACAUUUUUUUCCUUAAGCUAAUAAUUUAAUUAUAUGAACCGCCUCUUCCCCUCACAUUUUUAGAACCAGGCAGUUGCUAGUGGAGAAAGAAGUCAGUUUAUUAAUUUCAAUCAACCAGAGGCAGCUCACUUUGAAUAAUCCAGGAGUUGGCUUAAGUGACAUCUUAACGUUAGAGUACUCUUGUGUCUUGAAAGAACGUGAAUUAGGUAGGAUUCAUGGAAUAUUUGAAGUGUGGUUUUGAAAUUUCAAAUGAGAGCUCUUCUCUGGAUUCCACUCCUUUGAUCACUUCUCAUAUUUUUUUCCAGGUCCGGACUCUCUUUGUCAGUGGUCUCCCUCUGGACAUCAAACCUCGGGAGCUCUAUCUGCUUUUCAGACCAUUUAAGGGCUAUGAGGGUUCUCUUAUAAAGCUCACAUCUAAGCAGCCCGUGGGUUUUGUCAGUUUUGACAGUCGCUCAGAAGCAGAAGCUGCAAAGAAUGCUUUGAAUGGCAUCCGCUUCGAUCCUGAAAUUCCGCAAACACUACGACUAGAGUUUGCUAAGGCAAACACGAAGAUGGCCAAGAACAAACUAGUAGGGACUCCAAACCCCAGUACUCCUCUGCCCAACACUGUACCUCAGUUCAUUGCCAGAGAGCCAUAUGAGCUCACAGUGCCUGCACUUUACCCCAGUAGCCCUGAAGUGUGGGCCCCGUACCCUCUGUACCCAGCGGAGUUAGCGCCUGCUCUACCUCCUCCUGCUUUCACCUACCCCGCCUCACUGCAUGCCCAGAUGCGCUGGAUCCCUCCCUCCGAGGCUACUUCUCAGGGCUGGAAGUCCCGUCAGUUCUGCUGAAUACUACGCUCCAGGUGUGUGAUGGUGGCUGCACUCUGUCUUGUGGGUGUUAAUGAAAUCUUCAAUGGUGGCUACUGUUCUCAAGCUGUUCUACAAAACUGGAGCACGCCGGUUUGAAAGAAACCUUGCCCAGUUUUGAUCCCUUCAAGACUUUGCCACAGCCUCUAUCACACAUCUGUUUUUUCUCGAAGAAAAAAAAUAUAAUAAAAAUGUUUUACUCUUUUACACUGUAUAACUGUAAUAAAUAGUGUGUUAUUUGUGAA